AUGAGUGAAGGAGGAAUUGAAAUUGAUUUCCAGGCCUUUCAUGACAGGUUUGUCAAAUUAGGCAAGCAAUUCUCCGGGUUUGAUGGGUCUCCUGAUAGUCUAUUGUUUGUUUUAGGUUCGACUAAUGAGGAAAAUCCAUACCAGAAGACUACCAUAUUGCAUAAUUGGCUAUUAGGAUACGAGUUCCCAGCAACCUUGGCAGCGUUUUUCAAGGACAAGGGUGUAAUCAUCACUAGUAGUGCAAAGGCAAAACACCUUUUACCAAGUAUUGAGAAGUUCGAAUCGUCUGAUUAUAAACUUGAAAUCUGGCAGAGAAAUAAUAAGGAUGCUGCCCACAACAAGAAGCUGUUUGAAGAUCUUAUUAAGCUAAUCACUGAUUCCGGUAAGAAAGUUGGCGUUCCAUUGAAGGAUUCUUACCAAGGCAAAUUUAUUUUGGAAUGGGAGCCAAUAUGGGAAGAAGCCAAGAAGACCCACUCCUUGGAAGAGGUUGACUGUGCUGUAGGCUUGUCUAACACAUGGAAGGAUAAGGACUCGAAGGAACAGGCCUAUUUAUCGAUGUCGAGCAAAGGUUCAGACAAGUUUAUGGAUUUAAUGUCGAACGAGAUUGUCAACGCGGUGGACGAAGAACUUAAGAUAACAAAUGCAAAGAUGUCUGACAAGAUUGAGAACAAAAUCGAUGACACUAAGUUUUUGAAGAAGAUUUCGGGAGAAUUGAACUCUCUCUCUCCUCCAAACGAAAAAUUCGACAUCAACUUCUUAGAUUGGGCUUAUUCCCCAAUUGUGCAGUCCGGUACUAAGUUCGACCUCAAGGUAUCAGCCCGUUCGAACAAUGACCAACUUUUUGGUAAUGGGUCAAUCUUGGCUUCAUGUGGUAUUAGAUACAAGAACUACUGUUCUAACAUCACAAGAACUUUCUUAAUAGAUCCUACUGAGGAAAUGACCGACAAUUACGACUUUUUGUUGAUCUUGCAAGAAAAGAUCAUCAAUGAUCUAUUGAAGGUAGGUGCUAAUCCAAACACCAUUUACGAAAAGACUUUAGAGUUCAUCAAGGAAAAGAAACCUGAUCUAUUACCACACUUCACCAAAAAUGUAGGUUCUUUGAUGGGUCUUGAGUUUAGAGACGCAGCAGGAAUGCUCAAUGCUAAACCUUCAACUCACAAAAUUUCGGAGAAUUGCUGUUACAACAUCUCUCUUGGCUUUGGUAAUCUAAAGGACUCUAAAAGCGGCCAAGUAUACGCUGUUCAAUUAGCAGACACUGUCCUUUUGUCUGAAAACGGAGAAGCUUCUAUUCUAACAAAAUACACCAAGGCCAGCUCUCAAAUCUCAUUCUAUUUCAAUAAUGAAGAGGAUGAUAAAGAUACAUCAGUCAAGAAGGAAAGAAGUAAGCCUCCAGCUUUACCAAAACCAGAUGGUAAUUCAAAAAUCCUAAGAUCCAAACUUCGUGGAGAAAACAGGGCUGAUGAUGAAGAGAAGGAACAAAUUCGUAAAGAGAACCAAAGAAAACUUCACGAAAAGUUGCAGAAGGAAGGUUUAAUGAGAUUCAGCGACGCAGACGCAGCAGAUGAUGACGAGAAACCAAAACAUUUCUUCAAAAAGUACGAAUCCUAUGUCAGAGAAACUCAAAUUCCAUCCAAUGUACGUGAUUUGAAGAUUCAUGUUGACUGGAAAAAUCAAACUAUAAUCUUACCAAUAUACGGUAGACCUGUUCCAUUCCAUAUUAACUCAUAUAAGAAUGGGUCUAAAAAUGAGGAAGGUGAAUACACAUAUCUGAGAUUAAAUUUCCACUCUCCAGGUGCCGGUGGUGUUGGUAAAAAGUCAGAAGAAUUGCCAUACGAAGACAAUCCUGAUAACCAAUUUGUUCGUUCUAUAACUUUAAGGUCAAAGGAUGGUGCUCGUAUGAGCGAUGUGUUUAAACAAAUCACAGACCUCAAGAAGGAAUCUACCAAGCGUGAACAAGAAAGAAAAGCCUUGGCAGAUGUUGUUGUACAGGCUAAAUUAAUAGAAAACAGAUCAGGAAGAACAAAGAGACUUGAUCAAAUUUUUGUCAGACCUAGUCCAGAUACUAAGCGUGUCCCAGGUACUGUUUUCAUUCACGAAAAUGGUAUAAGAUACCAAUCCCCACUAAGAACGGACUCUAGAAUUGAUAUCUUAUUCUCUAACAUCAAGAAUCUAUUUUUCCAGUCUUCGAAAGGAGAAUUAAUUGUCAUUAUCCAUGUUCACUUGAAGAAUCCUAUUCUAAUGGGUAAAAAGAAGAUCCAAGACAUCCAAUUUUACAGAGAAGCUUCUGAUAUGUCAGUUGAUGAAACAGGUAACAGCAGACGUAACAACAUGAAAUUCAGAAGAUAUGGUGAUGAAGAUGAACUAGAACAAGAACAAGAGGAAAGAAGGAAAAGAGCUGCUCUUGAUAAAGAGUUUAGGUAUUUCGCAGAAGCUAUCGCAGAAGCUUCAGAUGGUCUUUUGGAUGUUGAUUCACCAUUUAGAGACUUAGGUUUCCAGGGUGUUCCUGCAAGAUCAGCAGUGUUCUGUAUGCCAACCAGAGACUGUUUAAUUCAAUUAGUAGAACCUCCAUUUUUGGUAAUAAAUUUGAGUGAAGUUGAAAUCUGUAUUCUAGAAAGAGUGCAAUUUGGGUUAAAGAACUUUGAUAUGGUGUUCGUUUACAAGGAUUUCGCAAAACCAGUUUCCCAUAUUAAUACCAUCCCAAUUGAGCAACUAGAGUUUAUCAAAACAUGGUUAACAGAUGUGGAUAUCCCUUACACAGUCUCCACCAUUAACUUGAACUGGUCAACUAUUAUGAAGUCGCUACAGGAUGACCCACAUCAAUUCUUCUUGGAUGGCGGUUGGUCCUUCUUAGCCACUGGUUCUGAUGACGAGAGAUCUGAUGAGAGUGAAGAGGAAAUAUCUGAGUACGAAGCUUCUGACGAGGACCCAUCUGACGAAGAAGUAUACUCCGAGGAAGAUUAUUCGGAAGAUGAACAAUUCAGCGAUGAAGGCUCUGAAGAUUUUGCAGAUGAGUCAGAGGAAGAGGCUGGUGAAGACUGGGAUGAAUUAGAGAAGAAGGCUGCAAGAGCUGAUCGUGGAAGCAAAUUCAACGAGUAG